UUAUAUACCUUACAUGACUUUAUACAUCUGUAUUUAUCCCAGUUAAAACGCGUUCUCGCGUUGUUUACAGUGGGCCCAGCUGACAGUUGGGGGCUGACCACAACAUCACCAGGGCGUUUCAGGCAACGCUCAAAUACACUUAGUUUUUAUCCAGAAACGGGCCAACCUACAUGGGACAAGUGCUCCUCAUCGUGUAGAUGAAAUGUUGAUGUGGGGAAAAUGAACAGACCCAAAAUGGCCUCAGAGAAAGGUGUUCCAAGUAACUCCAGGGUGAUGAUGAUGCUGGCUCAGCUGGAGAGGAUGAAUGGAGACCUGGGGAGACAGGCGGAGACGGCCCGACAGCUCACAGCAAAGAUCCUACACCUCAUACAGACACAAGAGAAGAGCGGAAAGGAGGUGAUGUCCAAAGGGUCCAGUGGCAUGGAGGUCAUCCUGGCAUCUCUGGAGAACACUCAUGAUGUCCAAACCAUCCUGAACAUUCUGAGCAUUCUCACUGAGCUUCUCACUAUUGGCCGUGGUCGCAGAGUGGGGGUGUUUGUGUCUAAAGGAGGAACAGGAAUACUGUUUCAGACACUUCUCUCUGUGAGUAAAGAGAUGCCUCCCAGUGAAGAGCUCAUGCUACAGCUGCACUCGCUGCUGGCAAAGGUCGGCCCCAAAGACAGGAAGUUUGGUGUUGCGGCACGUCUUACUGGAGCUUUAAACGUCACCGUCAAUUUGAUCAAACAAAACCUACAGAAUCCCAAACUGCUGCUGCCCUGUCUCCAAGUUCUGAGGGUCUACUCCGCCAACUCUGUCAAUGCGAUUUCAAUGGGAAAGAACGGUGUGGUGGAGCUCAUGUUCAAGAUUCUGUCGCCUUACACCAAGAAAAACACCAGUCUGCUUAAGGUGGCUUUAGAUGCACUGGGAGCCCUGCUGAAAUCAAAAACCAACGCCCGCCGCGCAGUGGAUGGCGGUUACGUGCCCAUUUUACUGGCCCUGUAUGCGGACUGGCACCGUAAUGACACUCGGCAUCGCCACAUGCUGAUCAGAAAGGGACUCUUGGUUUCUCUCAGAAACAUCACCAACAUAAAGCUGGGCAGGAAGGCGUUUAUAGAGGCCGACGGAAUGAGGGUGCUCUACAAUACCUCCACAGAGUGUCUCCCCGUGCGAACCCUGGACCCGCUCAUAAACACAUCCAGUCUGAUCAUGAGGAAGUGUUUCCCCAAAAACCGCCUCCCUCUCCCCACCAUCCAAUCAGCCUUCAGCUUCCCACUGCCCCACGUCCCAGGGUCAGGACCAGGAGGGUACAGCCAGGCUCCAGGCGUGGACGAUGUGGUGGACGAAAGUGACGACAACGAUGAAGCCGAUACAGAAAAUGACACAGAGAAUGAAGAGGAUGAAAAAGAUCAACCAUCUCCGAACGAUGACAUAGAGACGGACCUGAACAAGCUGCACCCGAAGAAGGGCCCUGGGCGUCCCUACGAGGAGCUGAGGGUCUAUGAGAGGUUCUUUGUGGAGCUCUCUGAGGACUUUCAGGGAUUUAACUUUGAAUCCUCUAAAACCUGCACCAGCACAUCUUUGUCAUCUCCAUUCUCCUCAUCAGUGACUACUGCCAAGACUCCUCCUCGUCCAAUCAUCGUCCCCACUGCUCAGGCGCUGUCCCCCAAACAUGCCCCUCUUUCUGGGCUAGAGAAGAAUCCACCCCUGCCCCCUUCCACCUCUUCCACCUCCUAUUCUCCUCCCCCUCUCACCCCCCUCGAACUGGAAAACAUUCACGUAUCCAAGGACCAAGAAAAAAAACAAGACACGCACAUUCCAUCUACAGACAGACAUGAAUGUACUAUUUCCUCUUUAAGCAAAACUACUGAAGAUGAAAAUAUCGAAAAGGAACUCGCUUGCGUACUAGAGUGUGUAUCUUUGGACACUUUGGAUGGUGUAGUGCCUCUAAAUACAGACCACAGAGGAGGGAAGCAAGAGGAUCUAAGCGCAACCAGGCAAAUUCAGUCUCCUCUGUUUUUGGGGGGCCUGUCCUCACGGCGUUCUGGGGGAGGGGGGAGUGACUGUGGGUCGGAGGGAGCGGAGGAUGAUACGACAGAGGGUGCUGUUCUGGAAGUCCCGGAUACAGCGUUGUUACUUCCUCUGCAUGAUCCUGAUCUCUAUGUGGAGAUGGUGAAAGGAACGCUAUCCGUGCCGCAGUACGCCGAAGUGGCAUAUCCGGACUAUUUUGGUCACAUGGCUCCGACGUUCAGAGAGCCGCUUCUGGAGAGGAUUUACGGUGUGCAGAGAGCCAAGAUCUUCCAGGACAUCGAGAGGUUGAUUCAUCCUAAUGAUAUCUUGGAUAAAGUUGUUUAUGACCUCGACAUUCCCAGCUGUCCUGUGAUUGAAGAUGACGGUGAAUCACUUAAAUUCAACUCUCAGUUUGAAUCUGGUAAUCUGAGAAAGGCCGUCCAAGUCAGAAAGUUAGAGUAUGACCUGGUUUUGAACUCAGACAUCAACAGUAACCACUAUCACCAGUGGUUUUACUUUGAGGUGAGCGGCAUGAAGGUUGGAGCCUCCUACCGCUUCAACAUCAUCAACUGUGAGAAGUCCAACAGCCAGUUCAACUAUGGUAUGCAGGUUCUCAUGUACUCUGUUCAAGAGGCCAUUGGUGGAAGUCCUCGCUGGGUCCGGACAGGAACCGACAUCUGUUACUACAAAAAUCAUUUUGCCAGAAGUUCUGUAGCUGCCGGAGGCCAGAAGGGAAAAUCCUAUUACACUCUGACCUUCAGUAUAAACUUUAAACACAAGGACGACGUGUGCUACUUCGCCUACCACUAUCCCUACACAUACUCCACUCUCAAGAUGCACCUGUCUAAGCUGGAGGCCCUCAGGACUCCUCAGAUUUACCUGAGACAGGACGUCCUGUGUCAUAGUCUGGGAGGAAACAGCUGCCCCCUCCUCACCAUCACUGCCAUGCCAGAAUCCAACUCCAACGACCACAUCUGCCAAUUCAGAAACCGUCCCCUGAUCUUUCUGUCAGCCCGAGUGCACCCAGGAGAGACCAAUGCCAGCUGGGUGAUGAAGGGCAGCCUGGAGUUCCUCAUGAGCUCCAGUCCUUUGGCCAACAGUCUCCGAGAGUCCUACAUCUUUAAGAUUGUCCCCAUGCUCAACCCAGACGGAGUGGUCAACGGAAACCAUCGUUGUUCUUUGAGUGGAGAGGAUCUGAACCGCCAGUGGCAAAACCCCAACCCUGAUCUCCAUCCCACCAUCUACCACACCAAGAACCUGCUGCAGUACCUGGCUCACAUACAGAGGGCGCCACUGGUGUUUUGUGACUACCACGGCCAUUCAAGGAAGAAGAACGUUUUCAUGUACGGCUGCAGCGUGAAGGAGACAGUGUGGCAGUCAAACAUCAGUGCUACGUCCAGCGACCUACAAGAGGACAUCGCAUACAGGGCCCUUCCUAAGAUCCUGUCUCAGAUCGCUCCGGCCUUCAGCAUGGCCAGCUGCAGUUUUGUGGUGGAGCGCUCCAAAGAGUCCACGGCUCGAGUGGUCGUGUGGAGGGAGAUCGGAGUCCAGCGCAGCUACACUAUGGAGAGUACUCUGUGUGGAUGUGACCAGGGGAAGUACAAGGGUCUCCAGAUUGGGACAAGGGAGCUGGAGGAGAUGGGAGCCCAGUUCUGUGUGGCUCUGCUCAGGCUGAAGAGGCUCACGGGGCUCCGUAACCACCAGCACCUCCUGGAUCUAGAGAGUGACAUCAUCGGCAGCCACGCCAAGGUUGCCAGCAGUUGCACGACCACAUACGUGCUGGACGAGGACGAGCCGUCUUUCCUGGAGGCCAUCGACUACAGCGCCGAGAGCAACGACGAAGAGACCGAAGCAGAGACGGAAAACACGACUGAAGUCCACGAGACCCUGGAGCAGCUGUCGGACUCAGAAAACAACCACAAGGACUGAAACAUCACGAAGACUGAAACGUCACGACCACAAGGACUGAAACAUUAU